UACUCCCCUUCUCCACCCCAAACCCAAACUUAUAAAACCAUUGUUCUUUAGUCUCACAUUCUCACCACCCUUCAACCUACCAUUUCUUCGCUGCUUACGCCCAUUUCGAAAUCCUGGCCUCGCUGACGACGCGGAAAGAGUAGCGAGGUGUUAUUACCGGCAGCGACUCAGAGUAUCGGCCGCUGAGGAGUGUAGUUUCCGGUGACGCAGCACUCAGUAAAAUCUGAAGAUCAACUUGGAUAUUUGCAGCUGCAGGUCACCAUGUAAAUCUUGAGCUAGAAGGAACACGAACCUCCCCACUUAUCAGAUGUCGAAUCCUCGAACGGUGGAAGAUGUUAUUCAGGAUUUUAAAGGUAGAAGAGCAGGGAUGAUCAAAGCUUUGACUAAGGAUGUCGAUGAAUUCUAUCAUUUGUGUGAUCCUAAUAAUCUGAAUCUAUGUUUGUAUGCCUUCCCUAACCAACAAUGGGAGGUCAACUUACCUCCUCCUUCUUCAGACCUUCCUGAGCCAAGAUUAGGGAUCAACUUUGUAAGGGACAGCAUGACAAAACACGACUGGUUGUCUAUGGUCGCGUUGCACAGCGAUGCAUGGUUAUAUGCGAUAGCAUCUUAUUAUGCUGCCAAGUAUAAAUUCGACAGGGCUGAUAGGAAACGUCUUUUUAAUAAGAUCACUGAUGUUUCUUCUAUAUGUGAGUUGGUUGUGGGUGGAAAGACAGCUAGGAAAAGGCCUAAGACUGAAGCUGAUGGUUUGCCUGAAGACAUACUCGUUGAAGAAGUACUUUCAAAGCUGCCAGUACGCGACCUCCUCAAGUACAGGUCCGUAUCCAAGCUGUGGCGGUCUUUGAUUGAUGGUCCGGAGUUUGUUUCUACCCAUCUUCAAAAUUACAAGAACAAUUCCGAGGUAUGUCACUUGUUGGUUUUGUAUCGCCCUGCUAGGAGUUGGCUAAGAGAUGAACGAAUCUUGGUACGCCGUGGUGAUACCUUUAGGAAGGUCACGGAACUUCAAUGUUUAUAUGAUCAUUUUGAAGGAGCUUAUGAAAUGAUCAGUUACAUAAAUGGGCUACUUUUGGUAAAGAAGGGAAAAUCAAGGGGAUUUCGUGAAAUUAUAUUGUGGAACCCUUCCAUAAAUAGCACGCUUAGUCUUCCUAAUCCGAUGUUAGAAGCUAUGAAAGAGGCUACUUAUUUUGUGCUUGGUUUCGGGUAUGAUGCCUCUCGCAAUGAUUACAAGGUCAUAGCAAUAAUAUAUCCUCAUGCCGAGAUCAAGUACUAUUUUGGGGAGCGCUAUCGUGCUACCAUCCCGGGCUUAGUACAAGUGUAUACACUUGGUACCAAUUCUUGGAGUAGCAACCUUGGUGUUAGUCCUCCACCUUAUUGGAGUGCUGGGCAACAAGUUUUUCUAAAUGGCGCGAUACAUUGGAUAAACUUCGGACCAAAUGUUACAAAUGAUGCUGAUUCAUGGUUCAAGGAAAAAGAUUCACAUAUAGUUUCAUUUGAUGUUGAAAAUGAAGUGUUCAAGUAUUUUGAUCUACCUAAGGCCUUAAAAACUGAUGAUGAACCAAAGGAGAAGUUUCCAACGGUGUUAGGACGAUCACUUGCCGUAUUUUGUGCUCAUUAUCAACUCCGGAAUGAUAUAUGGGUGAUGGGAGAGUACGGUGUGUCGAAAUCAUGGAGCAAAUGUUACACAUUUACGUUGCAAUUCGAUAAGCUCUUGCAUUUCAAGACCAAUGGUGAAUUAUUGUUUGCUGUUGAUGGGAAAGGAAUAAAAUCAUACGAUGUUAGAAGAGAAAGGGUAAGAGAUCUUGCAAAAACUUACUCAAGGUCUUCAAGUUAUAUAGUUUUUAGUUAUGUGGAAAGUUUGGUGUUAUUUAAACAGGUUAAUAAGCGGCCAUUAGAAUCAACCAAGCCAUAGAAGCAUAUGAUAUACUACAACUUCUAUUUCAUUUGAUGUUUCAUUGUUUAUGUAUGUUUUGGCUAAGAAUUUCAG